GCGUCAUUUGGUCCUCCCCCGAAGCAGAGAAGCGCAAAUACCUCGACAAAUUGUCCAUCUCUUCCGAUUUCUUUCCAAGAUUCUAGAGAAUUCGUAUGCGGGCUCUUCCGGGAAUAAAUACGGGGCCUCCGGGUCUCGUUCGGUUCAUACAGCAAGCAGCGAGAACCCCGGAAUUUGCUGAGAUACCCCGAAUAAAGUUUUUGAAUUUCGUUCACGGUUAUCUGGAGAAACGAGAGGAGAGAAGAGAAGCAAAGAGAUGGCAGGUGAAGGGCAAGUGAUUAGCUGCCACACCGUCGAUUCUUGGAACCAGCAGCUCCAGACAGGAGCCGAAAGCAAGAAGCUGGUGGUGGUGGAUUUUAGUGCUACAUGGUGCGGUCCGUGUCGUCUCAUUUCCCCAGUUCUGGACAACCUUGCGAGAAAGCUGACUGAUGUCAUUUUCCUGAAGGUCGACGUCGAUGAAUUAAGGUCUGUUGCUGAGGAUUGGGCUGUGGAGGCGAUGCCCACUUUUAUCUUUAUUAAAGAAGGCGCAGUAGUGGACAAGGUUGUUGGUGCAAAUAAGGAUGAUUUGCAGAUGAAGAUCGCGAAACACGCAGCCGCUACCGUGACUGCUUGAUACUCUAUAUCUAGUGGACACAUGGCUUGCCGUUGGAUUUGACCAUAGCAUAUCUUGGUCAUUUCUCUGAAGUAACUCCUGUAUAGCUUCAGAUGUAAUUCCAUAGUCCAGACGACUCCACUUUUCAGUCUUUGUAUUAUAUGGUGUUCGAUGAAUAAAGGCUAGUAAGAUCUGUGUGAACUUAUCAUUUGAGUAAUAAAGGCAUAAUUUUGCAGUUC